AUGGCAGGGUGUGAGGAUGUCUCCUCCAGCUGGUGGCCAGGCCUGAGCUCCCUCUCCGUGUCCUGCAGGUCUGCGUUGGGCCGCAAAGCUGCCCUCUCCACGCUGUCCAUCCUGGUGGCCCUGCUGAUUGCUGGUGCCAAGCCGGUGAAAAAGAUGAAGAUGGCCUUGGUGAACACGCCCCUGGCCAUGAGGGUCCUGCCUCUUGCCCCCUCUGCAGGCAACAUGGACAUGGCCCCCGCUAGCAACAAAACCGAGGACCAAGUGAAGCACCUGCUGCUGCAAGCAGACCCCAGGAAGAUGUUCCCGGAGCUGAAGGACAACCUGAUGGACAACCUGAAAAGCCUGAAGAACACCAUGACUGAUGCAGACUGGAAGUCCUUUGAAUCCUGGAUGCACAAGUGGCUGCUGUUUGAAAUGGCCAAGAACUCCAAGCCAGAGGAGCAUAAGGCAAUCCCAGCAGAGAAAGUGCAAACUAAGUGCCAGGCGGAGGCCAAUUCUGAGGGUGUCCAGCCGGGUCGCUUCCGCCCGCAGUGCGAUGAGAACGGUGACUACCUGCCCAAGCAGUGCCAUGCUGCCACAGGCUACUGCUGGUGCUCCUACAAAAAUGGCACCAGGAUUGAGGGCACUGCCACUCGGGAAAAGCUGGACUGCCCUGAUGCUGCCGCUGCUUCUGCCACCACUGCAGAGCCAGAGGAGAUAAUCUUCUCCGGGGUGGACAUGCUCAAGCUGGGUGCGGAGAAAGGUGGCUACAACAUCACCAUCUAA